GCCCGCGAGGAUUCAGCCGCGGGACGCGGCUGCGGUCUGAGGUGCGGAGCUGCGGAAGGAUGGAGCCACUGAAGGUGGAAAAGUUCAGCACCACCGACAGGGGAAACGGGCUCCGCGCACUGGCGCCGCUGCGCCCGGGAGAGCUGCUCUUUCGCUCAGAUCCCCUGGCGUACACGGUGUGCAAGGGGAGUCGUGGAGUCGUCUGCGACCGCUGCCUUCUCGGGAAGGAGAAGCUGAUGCGAUGCUCUCAAUGCCAAGUGGCCAGAUACUGCAGCGCCAAGUGCCAGAAAAAAGCGUGGCCGGACCACAAGCGGGAAUGCAAAUGCCUUAAAAGCUGCAAGCCCAGAUAUCCUCCGGAUUCUGUCCGACUUCUUGGCAGAGUCGUCGUCAAACUUAUGGAAGAAACCCCCUCUGAAUCGGAGAAACUUUACUCGUUUUAUGAUCUGGAAUCAAACACUAGCAAACUGACCGAAGACAAGAAAGAGGGCAUCAGGCAACUUGUGAUGACGUUUCAAGAUUUCAUGAGAGAAGAAAUACAGGACGUUUCUCAGCUGCCACCCGCCUUUGAUGUUUUUGAAGCCUUUGCAAAAGUACUCUGCAAUGCUUUCACCAUCUGUGAUGCGGAGAUGCAGGGAGUUGGUGUUGGCCUGUAUCCUAGUAUGUCUUUGCUCAAUCACAGCUGUGACCCCAACUGUUCGGUUGUGUUCAACGGGCCCCACCUCUUACUGCGCGCCAUCCGAGACAUCGAGGCCAGAGAGGAGCUCACCAUCUGCUACCUGGACCUGCUGAUGACCAGCGAGGAGCGCCGGAAGCAUCUGAGGGCUCAGUACUGCUUUGACUGCGGCUGUGGCCGAUGCCAGACCCGGGACAAGGAUGCUGAUAUGCUAACUGGAGAUGAGCAAGUGUGGAAGGAAGUUCAAGAAUCCUUGAAAAAAAUCGAAGAGCUGAAGGCACAUUGGAAGUGGGAGCAGGUUCUGGCCCUGUGCCAGGCGGUCCUGAGCCGCAACGCCGAACGGCUCCCCGACAUCAACAUCUACCAGCUGAAGGUGCUGGACUGCGCCAUGGACGCCUGCAUCCACCUGGGGCUGCUGGAGGAGGCGCUGCUCUACGGCCUCCGGACCAUGGAGCCGUACAGGAUCUUCUUCCCCGGAAGCCACCCGGUCAGAGGUGUGCAGGUGAUGAAGGUCGGCAAGUUACAGUUGCACCAAGGCAUGUUCCCCCAGGCGAUGAAGAACCUGAGACUGGCAUUUGAUAUUAUGAGAGUGACACACGGCAGAGAGCACAAGCUGAUUGAAGACCUGAUUCUGCUCUUAGAAGAAUGUGACGCCAACAUCAGAGCCUCCUAAGGGAGCCUGGCCGGGGGAGGAUGGCCCGUACCCUGAUCGAACGCCUCACUGCGGCCACAGGCCCUGUGCGUUGUCUGCCGUGGGGCCCUCCCCCGCUGGACGGGCAACUCUGGGUUCGGGUGCACAAGGCAGACAUUUGGUCUGCAAACCACGAGAACCAUCAGUUGUAGAGAAGCACGAUGAUAAUAAAUAUUAAACAUUUGGUUGAAAAUGCCA